GAUUCACAGCAAGAUGGGCGAAGGCACCUUUGGCCAGGUCUUGGAAUGUUGGGACAGAGAAAGGAAGGAUAUGGCUGCCAUUAAAAUUGUUCGUGGUAUUAAGAAAUAUCGUGAAACAGCUACGAUAGAAGUUGAAGUAUUGCAACAGCUUGGGAAACAUGAUAAGGAUGGCAACCGUUGUGUGCAAAUAAGGAACUGGUUUGACUAUCGUAACCAUAUCUGUAUUGUGUUUGAGAAGCUUGGACCAAGCUUAUACAAAUUUCUACGGAAAAACAAUUAUCGCUCAUUUCCAAUUGAUCUUGUCCGUGAGAAUGGAAGACAACUGUUGGAAUGUGUAGCAUUUAUGCAUGAUUUGCAUCUGAUUCAUACGGAUUUGAAGCCUGAGAAUAUUCUUCUAGUGUCUUCAGAGCAUGUUAAAGUUCCAGAUUACAAGGGUUCCUCACGAUCGCCAAAGGAUGGUUCUUACUUCAAAAAAGUUCCAAAAUCAAGUGCCAUCAAGGUAAUUGAUUUUGGCAGCACAACUUAUGAUCGUCAAGAUCAGAGCUACAUUGUAUCAAUUCGACAUUAUCGGGCACCAGAAGUAAUUCUGGGGCUUGGGUGGAGUUAUCCUUGCGAUGUUUGGAGUGUUGGUUGCGUCUUAGUGGAGUUGUGCUCAGUAUCUAUAAAAAUUUGA